AUGAUCAAGAUGAUCAAGAUGAGGUACCUUCCAACCAGGGGGACGACCCUCUCUUUCGUCCUGACAACACUUUUGUUUAUCCUGUACAAUGUGAAGAUAUUCAUCUUAUCGGAGGGGAGAAGCUUGAAGGGGUACCACCACCUCACGGUUGAUUCGUCUCUCCUGACCCCUCUGCGACAUCCUUACGAACGUGGAUUUGAAGGUGGACGUAAAAACAUGGGUUGGAAAGGGGAACGUACCCCUCUGUUAAAAAUCCCCCAGUUUCACUCUCCCAGGGAGGAUCAUAAAGUCGACCCCGCAAUGCUUAAGCGGUCAUCUUUGCCAAGUGCAUCCAUUUUGAUGAACUGGAAAGAUGAUGUAAAAAAAUUAGUAAACAGGUGGGGACUACUUAAGACAAACCGAGAGGAGAGUACAGAAGUGCACCCCCUAAAGAACUGCCGAUGGGAAAUCACAACGUUCAAUUUUCUCUUACAAAAGAAGUCUUCCUUUUUCAUCCACAUAAACGAAAAUGGGACAGUGAAGAUGCCUGACGAUUUGCAAGGCACAUGGUCCUACAGCAAUUAUUACUUAACUUGGACUGUGGAGCAUGAGGACAGGCGUGUCUACUACACGGCAGAGCUAAUCUGGAACGCCGACAAGAGCAAACUAGUUAAGGGCAUCAUCUACGAGGAGAAGAAACGACAGCGCUUCUUCUUGCCUGCAUACUUUUUCAGGAAAAUCCUCGGUUCUUUCGAAGGACGCGUUUCCUUGAAGUAG